CACCAGUGGCAGAUAUUGGUCUGUGUUGUGUUGUGUUGGGUUCCCCUCUCUCUGGAGGAAGGCUGUGUGUGUGCGGGACUGGGUCGGUGGUUGGGCGCGCGCGGGAGAGAGACAGAGACAGAGAGAGAGAGAGGGAGGGAGGAGAGGAGAGGAGAGGAGAGGAAAGACCUGGAGUUGAAAGCACAAAGGUAUUUGCCGUUUCCUCAACCGCACGGCUUGUCCUUGGGCAGAACAACAAACACAAAUUGGGAAAAAAGCAUGUUCUUCGAGCUGACGGAGACAUGAAAUCCGCAGGAAGCAGCAAUGUGGAUUUAUUUACGGACAGCUACUGCAACAUUUGUAACGCCCAACUGAUCUCCGAGUCACAGAGAGUCGCUCACUAUGAGAGUAAGAAACACGCCAACAAGGUCCGUUUGUACUACAUGCUACACCCCGAGGAUGGAGGGCCCCCCUCCAAAAAGCUGCGACCGGACAAUCCUGACAGUGAUGAUGGAGAGGUGGACAAAAACAAAUGCUGCAGCUUGUGUAACAUGUUCUUCACCUCGGCCAUCGUUGCCCAGUCACAUUAUCAGGGGAAGACCCACGCCAAGAGGCUGAGGCUGGUGCUGGGGGAGUCGGCAGACCCCCCAAGGAUAACAGAGACUCCUCCUGACACAUUGCAGCCAGUGGCCUACAUCUACGAGAGCACGGGCCCCACCGGCGACUACAGCAGCGACUCGGGAAAGUACUGCCUCCUGUGUAACGCCUGGUUCAACAACCCCAUGAUGGCCCAGCAGCACUACGAGGGCAAGAAACACAAGAAGAACGCAGCCAGGGCAAAGCUCCUGGAGCAGCUGGGAGAGACCCUGGGCUCCGAGGCCCUGCGAGCCUUGAAAAGCAGCUACACUUGCAACAUCUGUAACGUGAUCCUGAACUCAGUGGAACAGUAUCACGCCCACCUACAGGGCUCCAAGCAUCAGAGCAACGGAGAGGCUAAGGAGGCUGGAGGGACCGAGGGGCUGGUGAGAGCCAUAGCCGGGCGAGGCCGGGGAGAGAGAGGAGAGAACGGCAGCGAGCGAGCCCCGGGACCCCUCCAGCCCAGAGACAGGAGGAGCUGGUGGGGGUCCGGCCCGGGCUGUGAGCCUGGCGACAGGGAGGACCACGGCCAGCGGCCGCUCCCCCGAGCACGGUGCUGGGGGGAGGGGAGAGACCCCAGCGCUGGGUGUGAAGCCAGGCCGGGGGGAGAGAAGAGGAGCUGGGUGUCGGCUAUGCGAGGCUGGGGUGAGGACGACAGGAGCUGGCAGGGAGCAAUACAGGACUGCAGGGAGGCUGGAGUGGGCUCCGUCAGGGGCUGUCCUUACUACCAAUAGGAGCCGGCGAUCGCUGGAAUGGACGGGCCAAGAAGCUUUAAGCAAAAAAUACCCAUUUGCGCUCAGCGCCUCAGCGGGUCCCGGAGACACGGGCGGGACAGGAGGACGGGAAAGCGUCUCCGUGGGAGCAAUCCGGGAUUCCCAUACCACCAUCGAUUCAUCCAUAAACCUAUCCAUUGGUGUCCGCGCGUCCGGAACGCCACUCCAGGUCACAGACGUAGCGGUGAUUGUUUUUUGAAUGGGUGGGGG